AUGGCUGCCCCACUCGACACCGAGCUCAGCUCCCGCUCCUCCACCAUCACCUACGAAGAGGAGGACGAAGGGGACAUCAACUCCCAGUUCGAGCGCGAGGCCUAUGGCCCUCGCGAGGGCGAUAAGGAAUGGGACGCGUUCGAAAUUCGUCUCCCAGAAGAUGACCCUGCCAACCCCCACAAUUGGUCCCGCGUGUACAGAUGGUAUAUCACCAUGUUUGGCGGACUCCUGGUCCUGAAUGCGACGUUCGCAAGUUCAGCGCCAUCAGGUAUUAUACCCGACCUCAUGAGACAAUUCACAUUCGGCAAAGAAGUAGCAACGCUCCUUAUUGCGUUGUUUGUAGCGGGGUACUGUGUCGGGCCUCUACUUUGGGGACCACUAUCAGAACAAAUUGGCCGACGACCAGUAUUUAUCAUCACGUUCGCGGUAUACACCUGCUUCCAAGUAGGGUGUGCACUAUCACCUAACACGGCAUCGAUUCUGGUCUUCCGUUUCCUCGGUGGCGUGUUCGCAUCGGCACCGCUAUCAAAUAGCGGUGCUCUGAUCUCAGAUAUAUGGGAUGUGGGUACGCGAGGAAAGGCUCUCGCGCUAUUCACACUUGCGCCAUUCGCAGGACCGACGCUCGGUCCCGUCGUGAGCGGCUUCAUGGCUGUCGCAGGUGUGUCAUGGCGCUGGGUAUUCUGGCUGUUGACGCUGUUCGCGGGCGCUUGCCUCGUCGUCAUCGUCUUCACAAUCCCCGAAACAUACGUGCCGGUGUUGUUAGUUCAGCGCGCGCGGCAGAAGCGCAAGGAGACUGGAGACGACCGUUACUGGGCACCGCUCGAAAGGCAGAAGCUCAAGUUCGCCCCUCUUUUGAAGCACAUUCUUGGCCGCCCCUUCGUGGUGCUCGUCCACGAGCCCAUGCUUAUCGCAAUCACUGUUUAUAUGAGUUUUGUCUACGGGUGCAUCUAUCUCCUCUUCGAAGCGUACCCUAUCGUCUUCACCCAGGGACAUCACAUGAACGAAGGCAUCUCAGGGCUAAUGUACCUCCCGAUAUUCGUUGGUGGGAUCGCCGGCGUCUUCAGCUACUUGCUCUUCUUCAACCCACGUUACGAGCGGUACAUGGUGCACUACGCGCCCCAUCCGGUGCCGCCCGAGAAGCGGCUCGAGAUCUGCAUGGUGGCCGCGCCGUUCUUUGCGAUCUCGUUUUUCUGGUUCGGCUGGACGUCGUAUCCGACGGUUUCGUUCUGGGCAGCGAUGAUGGCGGGGCUGCCCAUGGGCUGGUCGAUCGUGUACAUUUUCCUGGGUUUGUUCAACUACAUCAUCGACACCUACCUCUUCGUCGCCGCCAGCGCGCUGUCAGCAUUGACCGUCGUGCGCUCCAUGUUCGGCGCGUCCUUUCCGCUGUUCGCGACGCAGAUGUAUGACACGCUUAACCCCCGCUGGGCAUCGACGCUACUGGGGUUCCUCGCGGUGCUCAUGGCCCCUAUCCCAUUCGUCCUGUACAAGUUCGGGCAUCGCCUCAGGCGACGCUCGAAGUUCUCGCCGACUGGUGACAUCCCUGUGAAGCCGGCGAAGGCGGCGGAGGUAUGA